AAAGCAGGCCACAAUUGUUAUUGCCGGUAGGAGCUUGUGCUUGUAGGUUGUGUGUGUACGAAAUUGCCAUCGUUACGCGAAGUUAUGUCAAAAAUGAAUUUAGAACAGGCUCAGGACGCCUUCGAUAAGUUUUUAGAGGGCGUAGAUGAAUAUCACGUCGCAGAUUUCUUAAAUUACAUCAACAGAAGAUGGUUUAUACAAGACUGCCGUGGUGAAGGACCAGCUAUUGCUUAUAUGCAGCUUCGUGAUAUUGCAGAAGAUAUUAAAAGUCUAGUGCCUUUCAAUGCAAUAUUACCAUCAGAAAAAGUAAUUCAACCAAAGAAAGGAGAGAAUGCUGACUGUGAUCCACAGUUUACUGAACACGUUGAUGCAUUUUUAUAUGAAAAUUAUGAACUUGAUGAUUUGGAAAAAGAGAAUAAACUAACUAGAAACUAUUGCAAGAACUGUCGUUCACGUGAAAUAGCUCCUUUAACUUUUAUAUCCCAUUCUGCAUCCAGAAGAAGAAUUGAAUUCAUUUUUAAUAAUCUUGUUCCCUUCUCAGAUGCCCAGUGCAUCUUGGAUGUUGGUUCAAGACUUGGUGCUAUGUUGUAUGGAGCAUAUUUAUACACAAGAAUUCCAAAAAUAGUUGGCAUAGAGUUAAACGAGGAUCUCUGCAAGAUUCAACGUCAGAUUAUUCAAAAACAUAAAAUGGAAGACAGAAUUGAAGUAAUCUGUGAUGAUAUCUGCAAUCAACCUGAAGCAGUUAAAUCUGCAGAUAUUAUUAUAUUAAAUAACGUGUUUGAAUUUUUUCAAACAGAAGAUCAACAGAUAAAGGCAUGGGAAUUUUUGAAAAAAAAUAUAACUAAACCUAAAACUCGACUGAUUACCAUACCCAGUUUAGAGUCUACUUUAAGCAUUUUGAAGACCAAUAUUGAUCUGAAGACUUGGGUUCGAAAAUUUCCAAUAACAGAUCCUAUUGUGGCAAUGUCUUUACAAGAGCAUGAUGAAUUAUCAGAAAUUUGUGUGUAUGAAGUAAUAUAAGUGAUAUUACCAGCAUUUUGUUUUAAAUUUAUAAUAUUUUAUAAUUUAAAGAAGAUAAAUUUUGAUAAAAUUAAAGUUAUUUUUAAAUUAUGCAAAUAAGAAUCACACCAAAAUAAGAAAAAUUCUAGUUAAAUGAAAAUACUGUGUGCACUUUUCCCAGAAAAAUGAGUUUUGACAAAAUAAGUUUGGGGAGGGGACAAUGAAGAAGAAAUUCUAGUCUUUGUUCUUUUAUUAUCCACUCUCAUUGUUUGAUCUUUCCAUCAGAGUUGAAAAAAAUAAGAAUAUUCAUUAGAUAAUUGUCAAAUAAUAAUCAAAAACAUGAUUGUCAAUGUUUAAAAAAGUGUGUACUGCUUAGAAGUACCCCAAUUUGAUUUCACUAUAAAAAAAUUAAUGAUUAAAGAUAUAAGCUUUCCAAAGAUUUUAAAUGAGAGAAAAACUUACCAAAUUUCAUUGAAAAAAAAAAUCACCAUGUCUGUGUGCUCCAGCAGUCAGUGACAACAUCAAGAUGCUAGGACAUGCAGCAGUGUACAUAGCAAGAAAUUGCCUGCCAGGAGUGCAUCAUUGCAUGGCUGCAAUGAUGCACUCCUGAAGGUCUGACCAAAGUUACAUAAACCAUAGAUUUCUUCUUGUGGGCUUACAUGAAAGAUAAGUGGUUGGAUUAAGAGGUUGUGGGGGCCAUGCUAUCGGGCAUACCAUACCAUGAUGUGUCAUAUGAAAAAAAAACUAUAAAACUUGAUGUGUUUUCCACUAGAUGCCACUUUUUUUGCAUUUAUGUAUCUUAAACCAUUUUAUAUGGCAAAUUAAAAUUGGGUACUUUCAAGUGGAACACCCUGUAUUAUUAAUAAAAUUUGCUUUUACUGUAUACACUGAAAGUUGCGGUAUAAGGAAACCCCAAGAUAUUAUGAAAUGCCAGCAAGGAAAAAAGAAUAAUUUGUGGGAGAAAUUGAACUAGAAAAAGUGAAAUUGAGUUAGCUUUGAAGCUUUGAUUUAAUAAUGUCUGUGGGGAAAAUAUACCCAUUAAUGGGCCACUAAUUUAGCCUAUUAAUAGGUUCAUUUUUUUCACAAACAUAGCUAAAAGUUAAAACAUGGAAAAGAAAGAUUUAGUAACUUCUUCUGUUUUGAUAUGUUGAAGCAGAAAAACAAGGGGAGAGUUUUUUUUUAUUGCAACUGAUGGGCGAUUCAACUAUGGAAAACAUUGUAUACAGAGGUACUUAUGGUAAGGAAAAAGGUUUGAUUCUGCAUCAUCGGAAUAUUAUGGAUAAAGACAAAAUGCCAAAAUUAUUGCUUGAAUAUUCACCAAAAAUGAUUAAACUAAGCAGUACACUGUCUUUGCAUUUCAUUUUAUGUCUUACAUAUAUUCCAAUUAAUAAUAUAUCUAAAAUA